AUGGAUGAACUGAACGAAGGUAUCCUUUUGAACGAAGUCAGGCUGAAUAAUAUUCGUUACGCUGACGAUACCAUUGUGAUAGCUGACAGUUUGGAGGCAUUACAAAAACUAAUGGACCGAAUCACGCAUCACAGUCAACAAUAUGAUCUUAAUAUCGAUGAGGAGAAGACCAAACGGAUGAUAAUAAGCAAAGUUAAUAUAAGAAGAGCUCACUUAUACGUCAACGGAACUCGAAUAGAACGAGUAAAGCAGUAUAAUUAUCUUGGUACUGUAAUAAAUGAGCAAUGGAUCAGCGUAAAAAUAAAAAGUUGCAUAGAGAAAGCUAGGAUGGUUUUCAACAAAAUGAAUCCCAUCUUCAAGACCCAUAACUUAUCUCUGGAAACGAAGAUCAUGUCAAAACAUCGGAAAAAUUUACCAGAUCAGCAACACGUCUCAAGAAGAGUUACCAUCACCACUGAAAUACCACCAGAAAAAUUUAUGAGACAGUGCGACAAAGAGCAACUUGAAGGCAUGUUGAACAGACUUGCAGGAUUCAAAGUCAAGAGAGUGUACUCUUCGCCGGAUAAUUUCACGCAGUUGUUGCAAUUACCACAAACCGCCAACUUCUCCAGAACAUAUCGAGUCUUAUCCAGAGUUUCAAUAUCAGUUUCCUACGACUGGAUGGUGGAAACCGAAGAUUUCAAAGCGGAUAGUGGUUGA